UGUUAUGUAAAUUAGGGACAAAUAAAAAGUUUCAUGUUAUUUUGGUUGGUGCUUACUGCGUGCGGCCCGAAUGGCGUCAGACUCAGGGCUAUAGUUUGGUGCAGUUCUAAUCUAUACAAACUUUAGAGUAUAUUUUUACUUUCGUAGAAUUACACCCGCGAAGUUGAGUCCCCAAAGCAGCCAAUUCUGACGCCACCCACCACAAUAACAACUUAAUUUUAAUGAUUUUAUAGAGAGCGAGUAGUCAAACGAGACAACUUUAGAACGCCAAGAACUUGGAGAUCGUAACUUAGAAUUCACGUACGGCGACUGCAUUUUACACGUAACGGGGAAUACCCCUUAUGUACACGCCCAUAACCAUACGCAAAAGCACAAGAAACGCGAAUCCCAGAGCAGAAAGGGCCGAGCUGUGUCAAGGACUUUCCUCAAACUUCAAUGCUAUUCUUGUCACGAUACUCGUGUCACGAUAAGAGGCUAGAGAUUUUCUUACAUCAAAAUCAUCAUUACUCGGUCUUGAUUCAAUGUAUUGUUUUCAUGAUGUGACUGAAUGAUGGCAGUACCCCGGGGUAGUACUCUUACCAGCAGGCCUAUCCCCAGAAGCCAGAACUCUGUCGUUAGCUGUAACUAUGUGAACCCAUGGUGAACCUAACCCAUCGAUUGCAUCGAUGUUGACUUUUGACUUACUACUGCCAAGAUUACAGGUAUGGCUUGGGCUCCAUUACACCGUGCUGCUUACCUUGGUCAUAUUGACGUCAUCAAAUCUCUGAUCAAUGAGGGAGCUGAGGUCAAUAAGGAGAAUAACGAUGGUUUGACAGCAUUACACCGUGCUGCUAUUAAUGGUCAUACUGACGUCAUCAAAUAUCUGAUCAGUGAGGGAGCUGAGGUCAAUAAGGAGGAUAAUAAUGGUCGGACUGCAUUACACCGUGCUGCUAACAAUGGUCAUAUUGACGUCAUCAAAUAUCUGAUCAGUGAGGGAGCUGAGGUCAAUAAGGAGGAUAAUGAUGGUCGGACUGCAUUACACCGUGCUGCUAACAAUGGUCAUAUUGACGUCAUCAAAUAUCUGAUCAGUGAGGGAGCUGAGGUCAAUAAGGAGGAUAACGAUGGUUUGACUGCAUUACACCGUGCUGCUAACAAUGGUCAUAUUGACGUCAUCAAAUAUCUGAUCAGUGAGGGAGCUGAGGUCAAUAAGGUGGAUAAUGAUGGUUUGACUGCAUUACACCAUGCUGCUAACAAUGGUCAUAUUGACAUCAUCAUAUAUCUGAUCAGUAAGGAGCUGAGGUCAAUAAGGUAGAUAAGGAUGGUUUGACUGCAUUACACCAUGCUGUUAACAAUGAUCUUAUUGACGUCAUCAAAUAUCUGAUUAGUCAAGGAGCUGAGGUCA